UGCGUUCUGGUUUCAUGUCCUUGCUCUUAUUUUUUACAUUGUCUACCCAGAUUUUGAUAUUUGCCUAUACGAUCAACAUCCUGUGAAUUGUUCCAGCCUUGGAUUUGCUGACGUUUAAACUUAAUCUGCUCAACAUGGCUGUAAAUGUUUAUUAUGUAUACAUUUUUAUUUUAUGUAUUCAUCAUUUCAUACCCAAAGCCGCAGUCGAAAGGAGCUUCUCCGACUUCAAAAGAUGUGCAGACGAGGAAUGCAGUGUGCUCCUGUGCCGGGGCAAAGCUUUCAACGAUUUCACCGGACCAGACUGUCGGUUUCUGUCAUUUAAAAAAGGAGAGACUUUAUAUGUCUACUAUAAACUCUCAGGCCAAAGGACAAAUAUAUGUGCAGGGAGUGACCAACUCGUAAUCAAUCACAUAUACACUGAAAAAGAAAUGGAGAUUCCUGCUGAGGAAACCGACAUUGUUUGCUUUGAGACUGGACACGAUAAGUUUGACAGUUAUGACAUUGAUUCACUGUUAGGUUCCUCUUUAUUGUUAACAGACAAGGAAGAAUCUGUGCAAGUAACCACAGAGACUUUGUACCUAAACAAAAGUGCUGAGAGCACCACGGUGGAAGUGGAUGAGCCUCCACCUGAAGUGACACUGUUCGAAAAUUAUAAGAUUGAUAGGGAUGUACCUGAGGACAUUGAUAAGGUUGUAGAGGUUCCAGAUAAUGAUGAUCUGAGACAUUUUGAGCCUUUAGAGUCCUCUUUGCCUCAGCCUGAAACUCUUGACACAAAGGGAGUGGAAUCUAACACUGUACUUGAGACCACAGCUGAGAGGAUCAAAGAUUACCUUCAGAAAGAUCAGCAGAGGACAGUGCCGUACAGUGUUGUUGAACCAGAGGAAGGUGAGAUCAAAGAAACCCCCUCAGAACCUGAAUCCAAAGAUGAUCCUGAGUUAGAAAAUGCACCUGAUGGUUUUUCAGAAGGCAGAUCUAUUCCUGAGUUAAACACCACACUAGGAAUAACUUUUGAUGCUGUCACUUCCAAUGAUAAGGACACUUGGAAGGUGACUCCAUAUGACGAGGAAAGUGACAAGACUGAAUAUCAGCAGGAUGAGGAAAGUGAUUAUCAUCUCAGGCAAACUCCAUUGCUGGCUUUUCCUGAAGAAAGUUCUAAUUUGGAACACGAGAACAUUCCAGAAUCUGAUCAGACAGAUGAGGAAUACAGUCUAUCAGAGGUACCUCAUACACAGAAACAGGACUCCAAGGACAAUAACCUGUGGUCUGCAUUUGGUGAUACCGUUUUUAACAUUGUCAGUGGUGGGGAAAGAAUAGCUUAUGUUGCCGGUUCAGAGGAAGAUGACGAGGAGGAUGAUGACGAAGGUGAGAUUACACCAGAGGAGCCUCCCAAAAUUGAAGAACCCAAGGAGUCAUUUGGCUGUUCUACUUCCUCUGAGCUAAUCUUUGAGGAACCUGCGGACUCUAAUUUCAGUGAGGAUGCUGUCAAAGUACCUGAUGAGGAUUCUCAGACGUUGCAGUUUGAAGAUGAAUCUGAAGAAGGUGACAUCGAACCUUCAACACCUCCUGCCGAUGAGGCGAGUCCCUUUGAACACACUGAGGCUUUAGCAGAGAAUCUCACAGAAGAUGACAGCCCAGUCCCUAAACAGCUCUCACAGACAGACAUGCUCUCAGACUUUGAUAGUAAAAUGAACAAAUCAGAGCAGAAACAAGCUGUUGAAGAACUCUCCAUACAAAAAGAGGAGUCAAUAGAUUUCUCACAAGUAGAGAAUACAUUUAAACAGGGUGGUACAGAGCUUUUCAGACUAUUUCAAGAACCAUACCAGAAGGUCCCAGAUCCAAGUAAAAACACAAUGGUGAAAGAGAGCCAACAAGAACUCCCCAUAGAGGAGGAGGAUUCAAUACACCUAGAGGGGGAAGAGAUUGAGGAAGAGUUGCUAGAGGAUGAAAAUGCAGUAUUAUCUUCAUCCAAAACUGAGUACACUGAUGAAAAUGACACAGAAAGUCUAUCUGAAUUUGGGUCAGAGCAACCCAAUAAUUAUACACAAACCGAUGUUGUAUCCAGUGAUGUGUUGGAUGUGGUCCAACACGACGAGGCUAAUGACAUAGAACCUGAGGUGCAUGAGACUGAAAAUGAUGCUGAAAGCCACACACCCUCACUUAAAGAUAAAGUUUUGGAUCCCCUUCCAAACAAAGAGGCGGAAUACAGUGACAAUGUGUUGAGGCCGACACUAUUGCGACACCGCUGCAAGGAGGAAGAUAUGGAGCGCCUCCUAAAGAUUCUAGGUCCUCAGAACCUCUUUAGUGCCAGAGCACUGGAAGCCAGGUCCAGACUUCUACGGCGUGUCUGUGAACCCGUGCUGGUCACUGGAGGUGCCGGGGUCAUCGGCUUCCUCUUCUGGAGGAGCAUUCUAUCUGUCAAAAGCAAGUCAUAUCUAAAAAUGGUGGACAGGAUGAAAAAGCUUGAACAAGAGAAGAAGGAGAUACUCCAAAAGGUCGCUGAACUGCAGCAACAGGGCGAAGAACUUAAAGAAAAGCAAAAGCUGUCUGAAAAAUCUGCCACUUUAUCUCUGGAGAAGAUCCAGGAAUUGGAGAAUAUUGUGCAAGAGAUAGAGAGACAAAAUGAGCGCCUGGACGAGGAAAAUAACUUAUCCUUUGACAAAGAGCGGGCCAAUACUGCGAAACAUGAAGAUAUGAUGUCCGAAAUGGACAAAACCAUUGAGAAGUUGAAGCGCAGCAAGAAGAAGACCCAGGAUGCACUGUCGAAGUCUACCAUUCUGAUGGAUGAAGCCAAACUCCGCGAAGAUGCCCGGAAUGUCCAGGUCCAGGUUCUGGAGAAGGAUUUUGCCACCCUGAAGGAGGAGAACCUCUCGCUGCACCAUGCUGCCAAGUUGUGGGAGGAGAAGCACAGGGAGACAAGUGAGCAAGUCAAAGUCUACCAGGAGUCCCAGAAAGACCUGGAGGAUUCCCUCCUUCAGAAGGACCACAACGUAGAGGUUCUGUCUGACCUGCUAGGAGACCUGGAGGCCUGCGAUGACCUGAAAGGUGGAGUUGUUGCUAACGGGGUAGCCUCUAACGACAAGCAGACCAUCAUCCAAAACCUGGCGUGACAAAACCGCCAUAAGCAAAUGAUGGAUGUCUCUCGGGUCCAGACCACUCUGUCUGUUGUGGAGGAAGAGCGCGAUCGCUUCAUGACCAAGCUGCUGAACGAAGAGAAGUCCAGGAAAGAGCUGGAAAGUUUGUCCCAGCAACUAGAAUUUGUAUCAACUAUCAAGAACCACCUGGAGAACCAGUACAAGACCCUGCAGCAGAAGAAUGACAUCAUGACAGAGAUGUACCAGCAGAAGGAGAACGCUUUGCAGCAGAAGUUGACCAAGGGGGAGUUUGAGCGCCCCAACAAGGAAGACCGGCUGACGGAGAUGGACGGCAAGGCCCUAGAGGAGGAGGUCAAGGUGUGUAGGCAGCGCGUUAAGGAGAUCCAGGACGAGCUGAAAUGGACCGAGAAGUUCUACAAAGCUCAGAUCAUUGAGCAGGAGCAGAAAUCUCACGAGAACUGGGUGAUUGCACGCGCCGCAGAGCGAGCUCUGUUCGACGAGAAGAAGGAAACAACUAACAUUCGUAACUUACUGACUGACAUGUCCAGCAAGCUGAAGGAGCUCUGUAGGCCUCUGUUCAAGCCCACCCCUGGGAUGGCUCCCAUGCGUCUCCGACGAGGACCACGACCUCACUCUGACCCUCACGGCCGCCGUUACUCUCCGUACCACAAACACCCAGUGGCUGCUAGACCUGACACCAUGGCCCCACGCACAUCUUCACCAAGCAAUCUGGGCAGCUCGAACUUUCGACCUCAGGGUCCUGGCUCCCUGCUGGUCUCUCCUAUCAGCUCCCCCCUCGACUCAAGCCUCAGACCAGUCAUCAGCCAUCCCUCCGGACUCUGCCACCGUCCUCUUCCCGGACCCCACCACAUCCCUCCUCCCCCACCCUUCAUGCCUCCCGUGUACCGACCAGACAACGGACACUCAGGCAUGAUGCCUCCUGGACCCCCAUCGCCUAACGGACACCUGCCUGGUCCAAUGAUACCACCCGGACAUCGGCCUCCCCCUCCUGGUGCUUACGGUCCCUCUUCCCCACACAACCGGUACCUUCCUCCACCUUCUCACUAUGGACCGGUGCCUCCUCCAUUUGGACCCCCACAUACCUACGUGCACUAUGGACCACUUGAUCACUUCAUCCCACUCCGACACCUGCCCCCUGGGGUGGCCCCAUUCCCUCCUCAUGUCGGCCCCAAAGACUUCCUUGUGCAGCCACAGGUCCCUCAUGGCCAUGACUCUUCAGUGGGCCCCCAGCCCGGCGCUGGCCCCCAGGGCCAGGGGCAAGACUACAGCUCCCAGCAGGCAACAGCUGCCCCCCAGGACUCAGUCAGCUCUGCCAUGGCAGAGCCUUAGACACCUACCAACCGUUAACGACCUGGCUACAUUUAAUCAACCACGAUUCAUCUCUUUAUUUUUUCCUUUUUGUUUUUAAUUGUCUGAAAAUAAAUAUCAUAUGAUAUACUUGCAAACAACAGAAGUAUCUAAAAAGUUAGUGUUCCUGUUAAAGCAUCAGAAAAUCAAUGUCUUAUGUUUCGUGUCUGAAAUGUAAUAAUGACUUGAAGAGGAGUAGAACUGAGGCUUGUUACUCUGCAAGUCCUAUUGUGCAAUAACAUUUCUAUUGUAUGACUGAGGAUUUAAGUUUUUCAAAGGGUAUUAUGUUGAUUUUGUAUUAAUUUCACAAUGUUAUCAUGGUUUCCUGUGGAAAUUAUUCAAAAUAAAUGGACCCCAAGCUUUUGGGUUGCUUGAUCGAUCAUUUCAGAAGUACCAUAUUAUCUUAACUCUUCCCCAAACUCUCUUCAGAAUGAACUGAAAAGGAAAGUUGUGUAAGUUGAAAGUCAAAGAUGUAUUUGCUGUUCUUAGGAUAUUUUAUUAAUAAAACUGGUAAAAGGUA